UUUUUUUAUAAUAAAAUGAAAAAGUCACAAAAAUCUUUUCUAAUUUAAUCUAUAUAAAAAAUUGAUCAACUUAAUUGAAAUAGUUCAAAAUAAAUAUUGAUCAAAUUAAUUGGGAAUUUUUUGUAGAAAAGAGAAAGUAGUAAAUAUUACUUUUAUCAACGCCAAUUAUGUUAAUUUUGAUAAUUAUGAAUAUAUGAAUAUAGUUUCUACAAACUCGUUUUUUUAAGAUUAUAUCUACUAACUCGAGUAAAAAAAAGAUUAUGUUCAACUAAAUAUUGAACAUAUAAUAUUAAUAAUGUAGCUACGUUGAUUUAGCAGCUUGUAAAUAUUCAAGAUGCAAUUUCUAUUGGACUAAAAUAUAAAAGGAGUUCGAUUAAUUUAUUAAAAGUGUCGAAUAUUGUAUAAAAUUACUCUUCACUUUUAAGAAUAACCUUUUUUCUACUAUAUAUAUCAAUAAAAAUAAAAAUGCCAUGAAAAUAACCUUUUGACUCUCAAAAAAAAAAAAAUACCAUGAACUUUUCAAAAAACUUAAAAAAAAAAGAAAGAAAGAAAAAGAAAAGAAUGCAGAAGAGGGGAAAUUCCAACCCCUCUCUCCUCUUCGAUUAUUUUACAUAUGCAUGUGAACCCAAUUCAAAAAAACUAGGGUUUAAUUAGUCUGUCCCAAAAAAUUUGAAUCCCUUUCUCACUUCCAUCGACCUUUUCUUCCUAAUUUCGGGUUCGGGUUCCCCUCAUCUGUACGCGAUUACUUCUGGUACGAAUUCAGUGUAAGAGUCGGUGAACGGAGCUGCAUAAUGGCUCAAUCUGGCAACGGCGCUGCUGGAAUUGAUAACACUUUUCGAAAAAAAUUCGACCGAGAGGAGUAUCUGCAACGCGCUCGGGACCGCGAAGCUAAGGAAGAAGCUCGGAACAAAUCAAAAUCAAGUGGUCCACCGGUGCAAAGGAAACCAUUGAAGCACAGAGAUUAUGAAGUGGACCUCGAAUCACGCUUGGGGAAGACUCAGGUUGUGACUCCUAUUGCGCCCCUCAGUCAACAGGCUGGAUACUACUGCUCAGUUUGCGAAUGUGUAGUUAAAGAUUCAGCUAACUACUUGGAUCAUAUAAAUGGAAAAAAGCAUCAACGAGCUUUGGGAAUGUCUAUGCGGUCCGAAAGGGCAACCUUGGAGCAGGUCCAGCAGCGGUUUGAGGUUCUCAAAAAGAGGAAAGAUACUCCAGGCUUUACAGAACAAGACUUUGAUGAACGAAUUCUGAAACAACAACAAGAAGAGGAGGAAAGAAAGCGUCAGCGUCGAGAGAAAAAGAAAGAGAAGAAGAAAGAGAAGGCAGUAGAGGAGGAACCCGAGAUCGACCCUGACGUUGCAGCUAUGAUGGGAUUCGGAGGUUUUGGAUCGUCGAAGAAGUGAUCCGUGAUCUGGCUGGCUAAAAUUAUUCCACCGAAAUCAGAAAUGUGGGUAAAGCACAUACUUCCCAUUCUAUUCUAUGUGGGAAGCCAUGCCUUUCUUUGUCGAUGCACGUUUGGCUUUAGAGCUUGACCAUGAUUGUCCCUGAAAUUGAUGCAAGAUAGGUGGAGGCAUUACUCUGUUUCGUGUUGUCUUGUGAUGUAAUCUUAUCAUCUUCGCCUCUGCUCUAUUGUAGUGCAAAUCACAUGGUCAAGAUUGUGACCUUAAGAGUUGCUAGUUAACAAUCAACGGUGCAUGAUGUUAAAUUGGGUUUGAGAGAAGGAAGGGAAAAAAUAUCCCCAUGCUGAAGUUUACAAUAAAUUUCUAUAAAGUAAUUUUUUUAAUUACUA